AUGUUUUCUAGAAUUCUUAAGUAAAACUAUAUGACUAAGAUUGCCUUAUUUUCAACAGCCUCAUUUAUAUAUUGGGGAAGUAGAAAGAAUCAAAGUGAAGAAAUCUUUUAGAUUUUAAAUAAAUAAACUUAGAACUCAAUUGUUAAAUUCUUUCUCAAUGGAAGAAUAAUAGGAUAAGGAGCUGUUUUAAAAAAUGGAUUUGUAGUUACUAGUUCUGAAGUAUUCGAAAAUUAAUAACCAUAAAUCUCAGCAUAAAUAAAUGGCUAGCUAUAGAAUUAUGAAAUAGUUAAAGUAGAAGAAGGAAUAGCAAUCUUAAAAAUAUAACAAUAGAAAUCUUAAUUUAAUCUCUCAAAAUAUGAAAUAGGAUAGAAUGCUUAUGUUUUAGGAACAGAUGAAUAAGGCUUAAAAGAAUUUCAAUAAUGUCCUAUUACUGAUAGCAAUUUUACAUUAGAUAUACGAUUAGUAGGUGAGGAAGCUUUAAAUUAAACAUUCCCUUUUAUUUUGAUGAAUGGUUGUAAUUCUAGUCCAGGAAGUAAGAAAUAAUGUUAUUAUUGUAUAGGUCCUGUUUUAAAUAAGAAUGGUGAUUUGUUGGGUAUAAUAAGUGGAAAAUUUAGAAAUAAGACGUAAGUGGUGCCAUCUUAAUACUUUUAAGGAUUGGAAAAUGGAAAGAGUGUUGUUAAACCUUAUUUGGGAUUAACUUUGAAGACUUCUGAUUAAGGAGGUGCAUUUAUAAUAAAAAUAAAUUCUGAUAGUCCUGCAGAGAAAGCUGGCUUAAAAUUAGGAGAGAUAAUAAAAUCUAUUGAUGGAGUGAGUAUAUAACAUGGUAAAGAUGUAACAAAAUUAUUGGGAGUAACAGAAAAUGUAGAUAGUCAUGUAAUGGUUGUUUUGAGAAAUGGAAAGGAGAGAACUGUAUAUGUUAAUUUAAAAUGA